AGAGCCCUGUGGGGUCAGGGGACUUUCAAACUCAAGUCACCCACUCACCUGGAAACAAACCCAGAAGCCCAAUCCACCAACACCAUGGUCAGCUCCUGUUGUGGCUCUACCUGCUCUGGCCAGAGCUGUGGCUCUGGCUGCUGUGCCCCCUGUUGCUGCAGGACUGGCUGCUGCUUCCGACCUCCCUGCUACCAGAGCACCUGCUGCAGGACCAACUGCUACAGGCCCACCUGCAUUGUGUCCACCUGCUGCCGCCCUAGCUGCUGUGGGUCCAGCUGCUGCCAGCCCUGCUGCCGCCCCAGCUGCUGUGGGUCCAGCUGCUGCCAGCCCUGCUGCCGCCCCAGCUGCUGUGGGUCCAGCUGCUGCCAGCCCUGCUGCCGCCCCAGCUGCUGUGGGUCCAGCUGCUGCCAGCCCUGCUGCCGCCCCACUUGCUGCCAGACCACCUGCUGCAGAACCACCUGCUGCCGCCCAGCCUGCUGUGGUUCCUCUUGCUGCUAA